AAAAGAAAUUGGCAUCGAACAUGUGUUGCCACUUGAUUUUGCUGACAGUAGAUAUGCGAACGACACCAAAAGAGAAGGUGAACAGUGUUAAGACAAACGAAGAAGGACCCGAUAAAGGAUGGAGUUGGGUUGUCGCCUUCGCUGCAUUUUUAGUAAUGAUGUCAACGUUGGGAUUAUUUCGUUCAGCUGGUGUGCUUUACGUCGCUUUCAUCGACGCAUUUCACGUUACCAGGGAAACUGCUGCUUGGCCAUUUAGCCUGUGUUCAGCUGUGUUCAACAUGACAGGAUUACUGACUGGGGUUCUUCUCCAACACUUCUCAGCCCGGACAGUAACAUUGACUGGUGUAAUAGCGGCAUCUAGUGGUGUUGUUCUUUGUUUCGUAGCCAGUAACAUGACGUAUGUCACGGUCUUUAUUGGAGUGAUCUACGGAUUUGGACUUGGUCUAAUGAUGACAACCAACAUUGUUAUUGUCAACAAAUACUUCAAACGCUACAGGGCUACUGCUGUUGGAAUCUCGAUGGCUGGAUCUAGUGUUGGAUCAUUUUUUAUUCCACCUCUUACAGAAUAUCUUUUGGAGAUAUAUGGAUUAUAUGGUACCUUUCUCCUUCAAGGAGGUAUUAUUCUUCAAGGAGCCAUAGGCGCGUCUUUGUACAGGGAACCAUCUUGGAUACUUGAAAAAUUUCACGAGUCUCCAACAAGUAGGACUGAAAUAGUUCUAUUUGAGGAUUCCGAUGAAAAACAAAUGCCCUUGUUUCCAAAUGAGAAAUGUUCCAAGAAUACUUCAAAAAUGGCAGAAGAAUUCCAAGAUAAUGACUCGAGCGAUGUAAAAUGCAAAAACUCUAUUAACAGCAUUGAACUACCUCAUGACAUGGCAUCACAAUUACUUAAAACUAAAGAAAUAUGUGAGAAUGAAUCUACGAAAAAGCAGUCAUGCUCAUCGUUGACUCUGCACGUUGGAGACAACAAGAAAUUAACGAAGGAUGAAAUGUCAGGUGGCAAGUUGUUUGUUUUGAAAUCGUCCAUGGAUGUUUUAAAAUUUCACAUACUCCACAUGCUUGGGAUUGUCAAGGAUCCCAUGUUUUUCGUCAUAGCCUUGCCGAGAAUCAUUCUAGCCAACUGCAUGUUCACUUUUACUAUGGUGAUCGUGGAUUAUGGAAAAGACCAAGGUAUCCAUGAGUCCGUGGCUGUCUUCUUUCUGUCUGGAUUCUCUGCUGCAGACUUAGUGGGCCGCAUGGCUUCAGGAUGGAUUACAGAUUGUAAGCUGAUGAGGAGGAAGAACGUGUGUAUACUCACUUUGUUAGUGAUUGGUGGUUUAUAUGUCGUCUUGCCCUUUUGUAUCACAUUAAUGACAAUAAUGAUAGUGUCUAUCCUCAUGGGUGUCUCUUCAGGCACGGCCAUUAUACUUCAACCUGUAAUUAUGACAGAGUACCUUGGACUGGAGAAUUUGCCAUUUGCAUUGGGAUUUGUAAGCUUCCUAAACGCAUUCAUCUCUAUUUGUAGAUCUCCAUUGAUAG